AUGAUCUGGAUGAAGGUCGAAUUCGACAUAAUUAAAGGACCAAAGGGAUUGCAAGCAACUCACGUAUCUGGACCUAAUGGGUGUUCGGUCAAAGGUGACCCGAACGCGCCAAGAAAGUCGUAUAGCGGAGCAUACAAUUACGGAGCAGCCGGUGGUAACUCAUGCGAAAGUCAUGGCAAUCCGCCUACUCCCAUUCCCAACACAGUUCCAUUGACGCAGCAAUCGUAUCAUAUCUCACCAACGUUUCCAUCACAGGGUUUCCCGGGACAGCAAGCGAAUUUAUACGGCCAGUUUGCGCAGUACGGGUAUAUUCCUGGAGGAAACAAUCAUGGGAGUGUUGGACCGGGGUAUUUCCAGUUAAUUGCGCCGUAUUGUAGAAACGGGCAUGGCGCUGUGAACAAAGGUAAUAGUGGUGGGAAUAAUGGAAAUGCGAGCGUCAACUCUGGGAACACAAGUGGGAAUGCUGCAAAUGGAAAUGGAAAUGGACAGGGUCAUGUUCAAGGACAUGCGCAAACAGAAAACACCGUGAAUGGAGUCGGAAAUACACACGGAAUUAUCACAUACAGAAUCUCUGCAAUCGAUCAGAAUAUGAAUGGGAUGGACAACAUAGGCGGAAUGGAUGGAAAGGUAACAAAUGGAAUUGGUCCAAUGAGCGUCAAUGGGGAUUGUAUCAGCCCACGAACCGAUACCCAGAAUUCAAUGAUUUUUGUUGCCCCUAAUUCGGGUUUCUGA